GGGGAGCAGCGGCCGCGGCGGGGAGGGGGGUGGGGCGGGACGGCACCGCCUCGGGUGCUCGUGCGAGGGUCCGCGGCCCGCGCUUUGCCUUCUGCUCAUCUGCAGCCGUCUACAUUUUUUUUUCUUUUCUUUUUUCCUCUUUCUUCUUUUUUUUUUCCCCUUGCAAUUUUGAACAUUUUGCAAGUCUGAGUGACUGGGAGGCAGGUGAGAGCAUCCUGCCCAGGGCCGGAGGAUCCCGCGGGCGCUGAGUGAGUGCGCUUGCCCGCCCGGGACUGUCAGCACCGAGCACCCGAAAGUUUUUAUUUUUAUUUUUUAUUUUGAUAUUUGUAUGCUGGUGUAUUUACAAAGACAGAGUAAUUUUUUUUUUUCUUCCUUGUCUGCAACUGUUUUGAAAGCGAGUACUUUUGGUUGGCAAAGGACGGAGGAAAAAGCUCAUCAACAUUUCGGGGCGGCGAUUGGCCUUCUUUUUAAAAGACAAUUGAGUGCAUCACGAUGGAGAAAAUGUCCCGACAGCUCCCCCUGAACCCCACCUUUAUCCCGCCUCCCUACGGCGUGCUCAGGUCCCUGCUGGAGAACCCGCUGAAGCUCCCCCUUCAUCCUGAAGACGCAUUUAGCAAAGAUAAAGACAAAGGAAAGAAGCUGGAUGAUGAGAGCAACAGCCCGACCGUCCCCCAGUCGGCCUUCUUGGGACCCACCUUAUGGGACAAAACCCUUCCCUAUGACGGAGAUACUUUCCAGUUGGAAUACAUGGACCUGGAGGAGUUUCUGUCGGAGAAUGGCAUCCCCCCCAGCCCGUCACAGCAUGACCACAGCCCUCACCCUCCUGGGUUGCAACCGGCGUCCUCCACGGCUCCCUCGGUCAUGGACCUCAGCAGCCGGGCCUCUGCACCCCUCCACCCUGGCAUCCCAUCUCCGAACUGUAUGCAGAGCCCUAUCAGACCAGGCCAGCUGUUACCGGCAAACCGAAAUACACCGAGUCCCAUUGACCCUGACGCCAUCCAGGUCCCUGUCGGGUAUGAACCAGACCCAGCAGACCUUGCCCUCUCCAGUAUCCCAGGGCAGGAAAUGUUUGACCCUCGCAAACGCAAGUUCUCCGAGGAAGAACUGAAGCCACAGCCCAUGAUUAAGAAAGCUCGCAAAGUCUUCAUCCCAGAUGAUUUGAAGCAGGAUGACAAGUACUGGGCGAGGCGCAGAAAGAACAAUAUGGCGGCCAAGCGCUCCCGGGAUGCCCGGCGGCUGAAGGAGAACCAGAUUGCCAUCCGGGCCUCGUUCCUGGAGAAGGAGAACUCAGCCCUCCGCCAGGAGGUGGCUGAUUUAAGGAAGGAGCUGGGCAAAUGCAAGAACAUACUUGCCAAGUACGAGGCCAGGCACGGGCCCCUGUAGGAUGGCAUUUUUGUGGGCUGGCUUUUGACUAGAUGGACAGCUUGUUUCCUGUCUGGUAGCACCACACCCAAAACCAACCUUUCCGACAUCAGCACUUUACCAGAGGCAUAAACGCAAACUGACUCAUACUUUGGUGUGCAUCUGUGUGUAUGUGUGUGUGUGUGUGUGUGUGUGUGUGUGUGUGUGUGUGUGUGUACACGUGCUUAUGGUCCCAUGUGUGGUCAGCGGUGUGCAUGUGUGCGUGUGUGUAUGUGUGUGUAUUCCUUCACAUUUGCCAUUUAAAGAUAGUCCUCUUGUUGUCUUUUAGUUCCGAACAAGAAAGGUGCCAUGUUUUUAUUAGACUCUGGAGACUCCUCUGGGGUUUCCUCCCCUCCCUUCUCCACUCCUGCCCCUUUCCACCUUGCUUCAUGUUCCAGUGAACUCACUUUUCCAGGGGCUGUGUGGGCUACAGGAAGCGGGGGCCCCUGAUAAAGCAGUGGAUCUCAGUUAUCUAGAACAUAAGCUCUUGUUUCUGUUUCAGCCACGAGUUACCAUGCUAAAAAGGUGCACAGCAUACCCUAGCACUACGCUGCAGCUGAAUUCCUUCAUAGGUUGCCCCCCUCCCCACCCCCAUCUCUUUCUCUCCUACCCUUUCUCGUUUUCCUUUCAGUUUUGGUGAUAAUUGUCUUCAAAUUUAAAGUGCUGUUUAGAUUUAGUAGAUCCCAUAUUUACUUACUGCUACCUACUAAGUUUCCUUUUAAUUCUACCAACCCCAGAUAAGUAAGUACCAUUAUAGAACACAGAGUGUGUUUUGCACUGUCUGUACCUAAAGCAAUAAUCCUAGUGUACGCUAGAGCAUGCUGCCUGAGUAUUACUAGUGGACGUAGGAAAUUUUCCCUACCUAGGAAUUUCACUGUCUUUUAAAAAAAAUCAAAAUUAAAGUAAUGCAUUUGCGCAUGACCAGAAUAUUCUCAGGACAGGGAAGCAGAGGGCAAUGGGAGGCCUAAGAAUGAGGGGUUGAUUUAUCAGUAUGUAAGCCAAAAAUAAUAAUAAUAAUGCAUCUUGGAGAAGCCUUUGCCAUGGAUGUGCUUCGUUUUGCUAUCUCCCUUCUCCCACACCAGCUCAUUCCCACUUUUCUAGUUAACAUGUCCCUCUUGAUAUUCAAAACGAUUGAAUUACUUAAGAUUCAGUUCACCCACUUUUUUUGUAAUGUAUAUUUUGGGGAGGAUAUUUUGCUGUUUUUAGAAAUCAGUUAAUUAAGUUAAAGGGUUGAUGUUUUGUAAAGCCCCCUUCCCCCUGUGGUGUCCUUUUUGAAUGCCUCACAGAUCAAUGAUUCUGGAGCCUGUGUUUCUUACCUUCUGUUUGCUUUUGAACAUAUGUGCGCCUAUCAAGUGGACUUCUGAAAAAAUGAAUGUAAAAGACACUGGUGUAUCUCAGAAGGGGAUGGUGUUGUCACAAACUGUGGUUUAUCCAAUCAAUUUAAAUGUUUACUAUAGACCAAAAGGAGAGAUUAUUAAAUUGUUUAAUGUUUAUACAGAGUAAUUAUAGGAAGUUCUUUUUUGUACAGUAUUUUUCAGAUAUAAAUACUGACAAUGUAUUUUGGAAGACAUAUAUUAUAUAUAGAAAAGAGAAAAAAGGAAAACUAUUCCAUGUUUUAAAAUUAUAUAGCAAAGAUAUAUAUUCACCAAUGCUGUUCAGAGGAGUGCUUGGGGGUUUUGAAGUCUUUAAUAUUUUAAACCUAUUACUGACACAUCAGCAUGUUUUCUGCUUAAAAUUAAAAUUUUAUGACAAUAUUGAGGCUUGCUGUGACGAAUCCUGCUCCAACACUUUCUUGUUUCUUAUUAGGUCUCAGAAGGAAGUCAGUUAAUGUCACCCAAAAGCACAAAAUGGGUUUUAGUCAAAUAUUUAUUGGAUGAUACAGUGUUUUUUAGGAAAAGCAUCUGCCACAUAAAUGUUCACUUCAGAAUUCUGAGUUGCUGGAUUGGAGUGUUGUUGCCAGAGCCCCAAAUGCUUUGGUUCUCUUUUGGCCUGUGCAUCUCAGGCAAUGCAAGGUUGACCUCGGUGCUAUGUGUAUGGCUUACGAUUUGAUAGAUGUUUUGACUAUGAAGAUGGUUGUUCUUUUGUUUCACUGAGUUGUAUAAUGUCAAGAGAGUCUGCUGCUGCUUCAAAGGCACAUUUUGUGCUUGAUUAAAAUCCCCUUUCAUCCAUGGAUGUUUUCCAGUUUCCUUGCCUCCACAGUAUCUGAAUUCUCUGCAGAUCUGGUGAUGCCCUUCUCUUUCCAUCAGCCACUCUUCUGUCUAGUGUCAGAGUUCUGGAACAUGAGACCUUUAGGAUUUAGUCCCAGGUACCUGUUUUGUUCCAAGCCACAGAUAAUGGCAGAAGAUGAGAGAAUAUGAGACUUGCAAUACAUUUUCCAAGUAAAUUACUAAUAAAAAAAUACUUCGACAGCCUCCCAUAGAACUGAAUAAGAGAUGAUUCAGUAAUAGCCAUGAGAUGACAAAGAGUUGGUCUUUUUGAAGAUAAAGAGGCUGAUUGCAGAACUGCUCAAUGACAGUAUUCAUCAGAGCAAAGAUGAAUAUAUUUAAACUUAAGUAGAGAAGUGUUGAAGUGUUGUACUAUAGACCAUCCAGAUUCAAAUGGGACUGUUAAGUGGUAACUGACAGAAGAGCAUACCUGGUCUUUCUUGGAAUUGUUUGUACCAAAUGAACCUUACAAAUGUUUUCUGCAGAAGACAUAAAAAGAUCAUAAUAAAGCUUAUUCUUUUGUAUGCCAGGGAAGGUUUUAGGAACUUACCUCAUUCAAAACAAAACAAACCACCACCACUUUGGAGUCUCCACAGGUGCCUUAUAUAUAGGUCAUUAUCACCCCCUCCUUCCCCUGGCAGACUUCUGUCUGUCUGGAGACAUUAAAACAAUGAUGCUCAGUGUCCCAAGAAGCUAGGGCCCAGGGUCAGAUGAUUACAGCAGAUCGCAGCCAUUAGGAAAGUUCUGUUUUCAACAGUCACCAUUUCAACCUAGGCAUCUUUCAAUGAUUAUUUGGCCAUUAAAAAUGCAUCCAAGCUGCAACAUGCUAUGUGAUCUAGACAUAAUUUGGAAUGAACAGUAUAGCACUUCCUUACCAGGUCAUGUCAUCUCAUUUUUCAACUAUUUUCAAAGAAAGUAAAAAGCAAAAAACAAAAACGAAUCAGUGUGUCUCUCUGCUCAUGCUACCUUGAAGGAAUGGGAGGGUUAUAAAUAAAAGUCUCGACUCUAGAGGAAGUGAUACUUUGGACCAUUCACAAACCACAUCAGGCAUGGCUGAGCUAGGCCUUUGUCUGUCAAUAAUAACAGGCCUUUAAAGAACCAUCCCUUGAAGCAGAAGGACCCUGUGUCUGAGAAAGUCAGAAUGGAAUUCAGUCACUGGCUGAGUGGGAACUAGAUUAGAGAACCCAGAGGUUCCUUCUAACCCAUUAUCUUACUGUGGGAACUUACAUUAAUUCUAAAUAUACCUUUGAAAGGGCUGUAGCCUUGUUUUGGGGAGAGCUGUGGAGGGUGGCAGGGGGACAAAGUUGUAGAUGGCAACUUCUCUCCUGCCCAAGGGUGAAGCGAUUAACAUUGUACAACAUACAAGUUAGAUGUUGAUGUUUCUAAGAGUUAAUCUGUUUGUCCCUGUUGUUCCUUUGAGGAAAAACUGAAACUUUGUCAGAGUUAAAUAUGAGGUCCGCAAGCCUACUGAACUGUGUGUGGCCUGUCUCCAUGGGCCAGGAUUUAACUUGGAGGUUGGUCCCCAGCAGGUGACUGAGCUGAGGUGUGAUGCCUUCCCUGUGGUAGAUACCUUCCACUCUGGCUCUGAAGGUACUUGUUUCCUGCUGAGGGCUCCUCAGGACAUCCCUCUGGUGAAGCCAAAUUCAACUCCAGAUGUUUGGUAAAAUCAGUGUCAUGAACAAAUGAACAAAACCAUAGGUCUUGACGGAUUAAAGUUUUAGUAACUACAGCCAAUGCAUUUUGCCAAAAUGUACGCAAAGCAAUGUGUGUUUGUGUAUGGAUAUUUAAGUGGAGACAUAAAAUCUGUAAAUUUUUUAGCACCUCACCAGAUGUAACAAUUAGCUAUUAUCCUUCCGGCAACACCACAAAGAUCGCAUCUGUUAAACAGGUUCAAGUUAGCUGGAGAUUAGUGUAAUUGUACACCAUGACGUAGGUGGUAUUUAUGCUGUCAAGUCCAAAACUUUAUUUGUUCUUCUAAAUGUUUAAUAAACUGAUUUUUUUCCUUU